AUGGAGGCUUUUACAAGGUUAAUGAAGAUGCAACAAAAAUACCAGUUUGGCUUUAUUGGGAUUCUUGAACCUUUUCAACAAGCUGAUAAGAUAGCGGAGUAUAUGAGAAGGAUAGGGUUAGAACAUGCACUAGCCAAUGUUUCUGGUAAAAUCUGGGUUUUUUUAGAAGACAAUUUUGAUGUUCAAGUUCUUGUUGAUCAUCCUCAACAUAUGUCCCUCAAGCUAACUGUUAGGGGUACUCAAGAAGAGAUGGUUGUUUCUUUGGUGUAUGCUAAAUGUACUCAAAUGGAAAGGAUAGAGUUAUGGGAUUCUUUGGAAGUUAUGUCAAACUUAGUAACAGUUCCAUGGCUUGUUCGGGGAGAUUUUAAUGUGAUCAUAUCACAAGAUGAGAAGUAUGGAGGACUACCAGUGACAAUAAAUGAAGUUCAGGAUUUUAGAGGUUGCAUUCAAAGUUGUGGUAUUACAGAUUUGGGAUUCAAAGGAAGCAAGUACACAUGGUGGAAUGGGAAAAGUAAUGAAGAGUUUAUUUUUAAAAGACUGGAUAGAUGCUUAGGAAAUAAUGCAUUACAGGUUAAAUAUCCACGCAUUGAAGUUACUCAUUUAAUCAGAACUGGCUCAAAUCAUGCCCCUUUGCUGAUUUCUUAUACUGGGGUGUUGGUGUCAGUGAAGAAACCAUUCAAAUUCCUCAAUUUUUGGGCAACACAUGAUACUUUCUUGGAUGUAGUAAAGAAUUAA